AUGGCGGAGUCGAAGACCGUACACUCGCCUCUUCUGACCUACUUUUCGAUGUUAUCUCUUGUCACGCUUUGUCCUCCAUUCGUAAUCCUCCUAUGGUAUACAAUGACACAAGCCGACGGGUCUGUUUUACAGACUUGGGAUUAUUUGAAACAGAAUGGGCUGCAAGGAUUUCUUAACAUAUGGCCCAGACCCACAGCCACGGCUUGGAAAAUUAUUGGUGUCUAUGCUGCAUUUGAAGCGGCACUUCAACUUCUUUUACCUGGUAAAAGGGUCGAGGGCCCCAUUUCUCCUACUGGAAACCGACCUGUGUACAAGGAAAAUGGUGUGGCAGCAUAUGUAGUGACAUUGGUUACUUAUCUUGGCCUAUGGUGGUUUGGAACAUUCAACCCAACCAUUGUGUAUGAUCACUUGGGGGAGAUAUAUUCAGCACUCAUUUUCGGGAGUUUUGUCUUCUGUAUUUUCUUGUACUUGAAAGGCCAUUUUGCCCCGUCUUCUACUGAUUCUGGCUCAUCUGGGAACAUAAUUAUCGAUUUCUACUGGGGUAUGGAGCUCUAUCCACGAAUCGGGAAAACUUUUGACAUAAAAGUUUUUACAAAUUGCAGAUUUGGAAUGAUGUCUUGGGCUGUUCUUGCACUGACCUAUUGCAUAAAGCAGUACGAGGAAACUGGGAAAGUGGCUGACUCAAUGCUUGUAAAUACUGCAUUAAUGCUGGUGUAUGUUAGCAAGUUUUUCUGGUGGGAAUCUGGAUAUUGGAACACAAUGGAUAUUGCUCAUGACCGAGCGGGUUUUUAUAUUUGCUGGGGCUGCUUGGUCUGGGUUCCAUCUGUUUAUACAUCUCCUGGAAUGUACCUUGUCAACCAUCCUGUAAAUCUUGGAACUCAGCUUGCAAUCUUUAUUCUUGUGGCUGGCAUUCUCUGCAUAUACAUCAACUAUGAUUGUGAUAGGCAAAGGCAAGAAUUUCGCCACACGAAUGGAAAAUGCUUAGUCUGGGGAAAACCUCCAUCAAAGAUAGAGGCCUCGUACACCACCACUACUGGAGAAACAAAAACCAGCCUUCUUUUAACAUCUGGGUGGUGGGGUUUAUCUCGUCAUUUCCAUUAUGUCCCAGAAAUACUUUCUGCUUUCUUUUGGACAGUUCCUGCUCUAUUCAAUCAUUUGUUGCCUUACUUCUAUGUCAUAUUUCUUACCAUCCUUCUCUUUGAUCGAGCGAAAAGGGACGAUGAUCGGUGUAAAUCCAAGUAUGGUAAAUACUGGAAACUCUAUUGCAACAAGAUGUCAGCUUUUGACAAUGUUGUUGGUGGGAAAUUGAAGCUCAAGGGAAAGGCCUUGGAUGUGAAGGCUGGUGGAGUGAAGAAGAAAAAGAAGAAGAAUAAGAAUAAAGAUCAAAUCAUAGAAUCCACGGAAAAUGAACUUUUGGCAGGUGGAAGUGCAGAACAAGCUGACGAUCCUAAUGAUCAAGACAAUGAUGAUGUGAACAAAUCGACAGGGGAAGAGAAGGCUCCUCAUUAUGAUGAUCAUCUUACGCCGGCCGAGAGACGAUACAUAGAACAAAGAGAACAACUUGAUGUUAAUAGAUUGGCUAAGAUUUCCAAUAAAUCUCACCGUGACAGAAUUCAGGAUUUCAAUCAGUAUUUGGCAAACAUGAGCGAGCACUAUGACAUCCCCAAAGUAGGCCCUGGGUGAUCGAACAAGGUGUACAUGUAUGAAUCGCACCCUUCAUGUUUCUCUAUGAUGUGUAAUUUCUGUGUUGUGCACAAUGGCUUUUGACACCCACUUUUGAACGUAUUAUCUUGGAAUGUUUUGUAAUGCACUUGGUGAAAUUUGGCUUAGAAAUAAGCCAGGACCUUUUUGUGUUUUGGUAACAACUGAUAAUCCAACGGCUACUCCCUUUCGCGUCAA